AUGUCCAACCUCCCCAUCCCCGGCUCAGUCGUGCUCGUCGACCUAGACGGGCACGCCAACGGCCCGCACGCGUCCGCGCACAACGACAUCAUCCUGCACCCCACGCCGUCGCGUGACGUCAACGACCCGCUCAACUGGAGCAAGUGGCGCAAGCAGCUACACUUUGCGAUGCUCAUGACCUACACUCUGACCGCUGGUAUUGCCGGCACGGCGUUCAACUCGGUGCUCCUACCCCUCUCAACUGAGAGCGGCGUGCCCGUCGGCGACCUGGUCGCGGGGAUCGGAUACAUGUUCCUCCUCCUCGGAUGGGGCGGGCUCAUCACCCAGCCCCUCGCGAUGACGUUUGGCAAGCGGCCGAUAUAUCUCAUCUCGCAGAUCGGGCACCUCGGCAUGGUCUGCUGGAUGCCGUUCAUCCACUCGUCAGGUAUCUGGUUCGCGAACCGCAUCAUCAUGGGCAUCCUCGUCUCCCCGAUCGAGAUGCUGGUGGAGAUUUCUAUCGCCGAUAUUUUCUUUGCGCACGAGCGCGGCUUCUACAUGGGCCUGUAUGUCAUCUUCCUCGUAGGAGGCAACUACAUCGCGCCGGUGUGGGCGGGCUUCGCGAACGAUUCGUUCGGAUACAAGUGGGUCUUUUGGAUCUCGGCAAUCCAGCUCGCGGCGGGCACGGUCGCCAUGGCGCUCUUCAUGGAGGAGACCAACUACGUCCGUGGGACGACCGAGCUGCAGGAGCAGCAUGAUAUCGGGACGCCGACCGACGACGCCGAGAAGAACACGGACGCGAAGGGCGACGACAUCCUCGUGCAGACUGUCUCUGCUGGCCGCGCGCUCGAGGGCACGCCGUAUACUUUUGUCCAGAAGCUCGCGCUCUACAGGCAACGAUACACCGACACGCGCACGCUCUACGCGCAGAUCUAUCGCCCGAUCAUCUUCCUCCGCUACCCCGUUGUCGUGUGGUACGUCCCGCUCUCCCCGACACGGCUGACACGCCCCAGGUCGGGCUUCCUCUACGGCGCCAGCGUGAUGUGGUACAACGUGCUGAAUGCGACCGCGAGCCUCCUCUUCACAGAGGUGUACGGCUUCAAGCCGUCCGGCGUCGGGCUGACGUACCUCGGCCCGACGAUCGGCGCGACCAUCGCUGGCCUCCUGUCGGGGUGGCUCGCCGACUUGUGGCUCGUGCGCCAGGCGCGCAGGAAGGGCGGCAUGCGCGAGCCAGAGGACAGGCUGUGGCUCAUGGCCUUCAUCACUGUGCUCUUUCCCGCCGGCCUGAUCCUGUGGGGCGUCGGCGCCGCCAAGCAGAUCCACUGGAUCGGGCUGGUCAUCGGCGGGGGUAUCGUUGCCGCGACCGGCGCGUCGGCGGCCACCUUCUCCAUCAACUACGUGCUCGACAGCUACAAGGACCUCGGCGGCGAGGUGAUGCUGACGGUCAUGCUCGUCCGGAACACCAUGUCCUUUGCGAUGAACUAUGCCAUCACGCCAUGGCUCAAGAUGGGAUACCAGAACACGUUCAUCAUGGCCGCGUUGCUUGGCAUGGCCCUGUACGCGACGUUCUACCCCGUCAUCCUGAUCGGCAAGCGCUGGCGCAAGGCCUCGGCCAAGAGUUACUGGGGCUACGUCGAGUCGAGUAUCAUGGCGGGUCACUAA